UCGCUUCUUGCACAAACAGCAGAACCGUACCGAAUCGCCACCAUGGGAAAGCCUCGAAUGAUUAUUCUGGUGCGGCACGCACAGUCCGAAGGCAACAAGAACCGCGACAUCCAUCAAUUCAUCCCCGACCACCGUGUUAAGCUCACCACUCAAGGCCGCGGUCAGGCUGAAGAGGCAGGCCGCCAGUUGCGCUCACUGCUCAAACCGGACGAUACGAUCCAAUUCUUCACUUCCCCCUACCGCCGUACUCGCGAGACCACCGAAGGCAUCCUCAAGACGCUCACUUCAGACGACCCCACGCCCUCGCCAUUUCCCCGCCACAAGAUCAAGGUUUUCGAAGAACCGCGCCUACGCGAACAGGACUUUGGCAACUUCCAGCCAUGUUCCGCCGAGAUGGAGAGGAUGUGGCAGGAGCGCGCCGACUACGGUCACUUCUUCUACCGCAUACCGGACGGCGAGAGCGCUGCAGAUGCCUAUGAUCGCGUCAGUGGUUUCAACGAGAGCUUGUGGCGCCAAUUUGGCGAUGCCGACUUCCCCAGUGUCUGCGUCCUCGUCACCCAUGGCAUGAUGACCAGAGUCUUUUUGAUGAAGUGGUACCAUUGGUCGGUCGAAUACUUUGAGGACCUUCGUAACGUCAACCACUGCGAAUUCAUCGUCAUGAAACAAAGCGACACCAACGGAAAGUACAUCCUACAAAACGAACUGCGCACCUGGUCCGACCUCAAGAAACGUUCUGCCACUACGGCACCACCGGCAAACGGGACUGUUACUACCACACCCGCUCGCACGAAUUCCCUCACUACAAAUGCAAAUUCAUCUCCCACCAUUCCCGUGCGCCGCUGGGGAGGGUGCGUUAACGGCUGCAAUCACGACAAGAUGAAUUGGCCGCGCCGCAUCGUGCGCAAGAACACGGCCGAUUUCCUCACCAGUCAGCCCGUGAACCUCCCUCCGCCCGUGAUUGACGGCGAACAGGACGACCAUCCCAUCGCAGCCCAGGAAGCCGAUCACGCGGGCGUCGCCGUCAAGGAACCAACCCUAGUAAGCAAGCUGGCACGUCGGACCAGCAACAAAGUCUCCUCUACUGGCCCGACUCUGCCACUCACUCCAGCCUCCCCCAACGAUGCCUCCGACGACCUCUCCAGCUCCGAUGAUACACCCGGCGUAUUGAGUAGCGAAGAUCCCCCAGCAGGCGAUGCGUCAACCUCCUCCAUCUCACACCUCCGCCCUCAAAAUUCCGCGCCCCGGACCGCCGCGAUUAUGCGCCAUCUGCAACCGCCCACCAGCCCACAGCCCGGCGAGGGCUUCUCCGACGACUCGGACUACUUUCCAGGCAUGCAGUACCUCCACCGUCAUCACCACCACGGCCAUCACCACAGCUCUCCUGCCAAACCCAAGGUGCGCGCCAGCUCCAAACCCCGUAGCCAACUUCUUAAGGAGACGAAGGCUGCCCGCAAACAAACGGAAAAGGGAUGGAUGGAGCAAUCGGGUAUGGGAACUGGCGCCCGUGCAGAUGCCCUCGGUGAUGGUGACGAACUCAGCGAUACGCCUCCGCAGACCGUCACUGAGUCCAUCGACGGUACGAUUAGCAAAAACGCGAGCGAGAAACCGAUUCUGAGGGAGGCGCUCAAGGGCGACAUGAUUGUCGAAAACAGCGAGGAGGAGCGCGCGGAUGGAAACGAAGCCGUUGAUAUCCAGGUCCGAGAAAAGAAGUUGACCGAGAAGGACAUUGAAGAAGCUAAAGAUCAGGAUCGGAAGAGUUUGAGCGAGGUUUAUUGA